AUGGCCCUUGUUCGUUUGAGAGAGAUAGGUUCCAUUUCACCACAGAGAAGAAGGAAAUGGCUGAUUCUAACGGCGGUUUUGGGUGUUUCGGGGUAUGGAGUCUACAGAGUUUACAAUUCUCCAUACAUCGCGAGGAAGAGGAAGCGUCUUAUGAAGCUAUUCGGAGGCAUUGUUUCCUUCGCCGAAAUGGUCAUCGAUUCCGCGGAAACUAUAGCUAUAGUUUCUCGAGACUUGAAAGAGUUUCUCGAAUCCGAUUCCGACGAAAUCCCCAACAGUUUGAAGCAGCUCGCGAAGAUCACCAAAUCGAAAGAGUUCGCUGAUUCUCUAGCUAGGGUUUCUGAGUCCGUAACGAUUGGGGUUUUCCGUGGGUAUAACUUGGAUCAGGAAUCUAAAAAUUUGGAAGUAGAAUCAGGAAUUGGAUCGAAUUCAAGUGUAGUUGAGAGAGUUUUCUCAGAAGCUGGAACUGGUUUCGUUUCCGUUGUUGUUGGUAGUUUUGCGAAGAAUCUUGUUCUCGGAUUUUACGAGAUUGAGAGUAGCAAUGUUGGUUCUUCAGAAACAACAUUACCUAGAUGGAUGAGUUUGCUCUGUGAUGAUAAGUGUAGAGAGCUUUUAGCUGAUUGCAUUGAGAGAUUCACUAGCUCCGCGGUAUCAGUGUAUAUCGAGAAAACGGUUGGGAUCAACACUUAUGAUCAGAUAUUCUCUGGUUUGACGAAUCCAAAGCAUCGAGAUAGCGCUCGAGAUGUUCUUGUUUCUGUAUGUAAUGGAGCUCUUGAGACAUUCAUGAGAACAUCGCACGAAGUCUUCACAUCUUCAAAGUCUUCGGAUACAGGCGAAGAAGCCGAGAGGAAGUCUUCCUCGAAUAGAAAAGAUUUGGCGAACGGAUGGGCAGAGGCGCUUACGACUACCUUAGCAGUGCCGAGCAAUAGAAAGUUCAUGUUUGAUGUUACGGGAAGAGUGACACUCGAGACUAUGAGAUCAAUCGUUGAAUUCGUAAUCUUGAAAACAUCACAAAGCUUCAGGAGAAGUUUCGAUGUGAUUCAUGAAGAAGUUACAGAGAGAGGACGUCAAGUGGUUGGAUACAUAGGUGCCAAAACGUCGGUGAUAAUCACUGUUUGCCUUGCGGUUUACCUUCAUAUCGUAAGCCGCUGUGUUCGAGGCUCACCAGUUUGCUUAAACCAGCAUUUCUAA